UAAGCGAUGGCGGAGAGGUAUGUGGAAGUUCCAAGUUCCAAAACUGAAGUGAAGAGCGAAAAGAAAACAACAAUGGCGAACGUUUCAAUUCCACUCCCUCGAAACGGUUUCUGCAUACCCAAUUACGCAACCAAACGCCCAUCUUUCACCCCUCCAUUCACAAUUUCUUGCUCUGGAGUAGCUGAAUUAGAUGGAUCUCAUCAGAAUAAGGGAGGUUUGUUCAGUUUCAAUGGAAUGAAGGGCGUGGCCUGUGGUAUUCUUGCAGCUUGUGCUGUUACUUCUUCUGCAUUUCCCGUUCCUGCUGCAACCCAGAGACUUCCCCCAUUGUCGACUGAACCCAAUCGCUGCGAGCGUGCUUUUAUUGGCAACACAAUUGGUCAGGCAAAUGGUGUAUACGAUAAACCAUUAGAUCUCCGGCAAUGUGAUUUCACAAAUGAAAAAUCAAACCUGAAGGGGAAGUCCCUCUCUGCAGCACUCAUGUCAGAUGCUAAGUUUGAUGGUGCUGAUAUGUCAGAAGUUAUAAUGUCUAAGGCUUAUGCUGCUGGUGCCAGCUUUAAAGGGGUGGACUUCUCAAAUGCAGUGUUGGACCGUGUGAACUUCGAGAAAGCUGAUCUUGAAGGAGCUGUAUUUAGGAACACAGUAUUGUCGGGCUCCACCUUUGACGAGGCUAAGCUGGACAAGGCUGUUUUUGAGGACACUAUUAUUGGUUAUAUUGAUCUCCAGAAACUAUGCACAAACAAGUCCAUCGGUGAUGAAGGGAGAGCUGAACUAGGAUGUCGAUGAAAAGAACAAUAGUAUGCUGCUAUGCCAUUACGUGCCACGGCUAUUUUGAUGAGGGUAGCCACUGGAUUAAGUCUACGCCGAAAGAAAAUUGAAUUCUUUCUUUUUCUUGCAUGAUGCUGCAUAACUUUGUAGUAUUCCUCAUGAUUUUAACAUACAAAUCGAAGACCUUGGUAUAUUUACAUGUAUUUGGUUUUUUUACUAUGUCCAGUUGAUUCUAAACAACCUUGUUAACUUCGCAGUUUUCGCCACGACUUUAGAUUAGGAAAUCUAAUCUAUAAGCUUUAUUUUGUA